GGAAUUUCGUUUGAAACAGCACACAAAACAACACAAUGAAAAUCUUCAUUUUGACUUUGGCAGUAUUGACCACCGGUGCCUCAGCUUUGAGCAGCAAAUAUUUGCCUCCUCAUCAAUCCUCUGGUGGUUCCUUCGGAGGUUCAUUCGGUGGUUUUGGUGCUGGUAGUGUAGGACAUGCUGUUGUAGCUCAACCUUCUAACCAAUACUUGGCUCCUGCUGCUUCCGUCUCCCAUGGUGUCUCUACCGGAUUCUCUGGUGGUCACUCUGCUGGUUUCGGUGGUCUUUCUGGUGGUUUCGGUGGUCACUCCGGUGGUUUCUCUUCCGGCGGUCACUCUGCUGGUUUCGGUGGUCACUCUGGUGGUUUCUCAUCUGGCGGUUUCGGUGCUGCUAGCGCUCCUUCUCGCCAAUAUUUGGCUCCAGCUGCUUCCACCUCUCAUGCCGUCUCUUCCGGUUUCGGUGGAAGUACUGGUGGUUUCUCUUCUGGUUUCGGCGGCAACACUGGUGGUUUCUCUUCCGGUUUCGGUGGCAACACAGGUGGUUUCUCUUCUGGUGGCUCUUCAUUCGGUGGUUUCGGUGCUGGUAGCUCCGGCCAUGGUGUUGCAGUUCAACCUUCCCGUCAAUAUUUGGCUCCUGCUGCUUCUACCUCUCAUGCCGUCUCUACUGGUUUCUCUUCCGGUUUCGGUGGCAACUCAGGUGGUUUCUCAUCUGGCGGUUUCGGUGGCAACACUGGUGGUUUCUCCUCUGGUGGCUCUUCCUUCGGUGGUUUCGGUGCUGCCAGCUCCGGACACGGUUUUGUAGCUCAACCUUCCAACCAAUAUUUGGCUCCCGCUGCUUCUACCUCCCAUGGUGUAUCAUCUGGCUUCUCUGGAAGUCAUACUGGCAGAUACGCUUCCAACGGUGGUUACGAAUACCGUCGCCGUCAUCGUGCUUAAUUAUUUUAGAGCAAAUGUGAUGAUCAACAAAUUUUAGAACAAACGAACAAACUGGUGAUAGAUUUAAUAGUUAAUAAAUAAAAUAAUCAAGUAUUAUUAAAAAA